AUGUUUACAGAAAGCAAGAAUACUUUACAGGACAGAAAAAAGUCUCUCGGGAAAUCUUUAACCCGAACAUAUGGAUUUAGAUUGCCUAAAACAUCAAAAGCUCUAAGAAAAACGCAGUCUUUAAAGAUUAAGGUGGAGAGUCCUGAUCCUCAUUGUAUUUCUUCUACCAGCAACAACAGUGAAGUGGAACUUUUACUUCAAGAAAGCAAUGAGGCUAUAUCUAAGGGAAAUUUUAAUCAUGCAGUUGGACUUUAUACUGAAGCAAUUGCCAUGGAUUCUCAAAAUCCCUUUCUUUUUGUAUAUAGAUCUGCAUCAUUUGCUAAUCUACAUAAACAUGCUGAAAGCUUGGCUGAUGCUCAAAAAGCCAGAUUUCUCAAUCCCCAUUUGGCAUUGGCAUAUUUACAGGAAGGUAAUGCCUUACUACAUCUUGGUAAUCAUGGGGAUGCAAUGGCUACUUUCGCUUCGGGGCUGGCUCAAGAAUCCUCAAAUAAUGAUUUAGUUACAGCACUUAUUGAUACUGCUAUCAAGUCUCCAUUGAAAGAAAAACUGAAGCCUGUUUUUCAGCAACUAGAGAAAAUGAAUCUUGAAUGCAAUGCAUUUGUUGUGAUAGCUGUAAUUGGUCAAGAGCUGCUGGCAGCUGGUCAUUAUGGUGCUUCAGUAACAAUGCUUGAAUCUGCCCUUUCAAUUGGAACAAUAAGUAUAAAGCUACGUGGAUCAGUAUUUUCUGCCUUGAGCCGAGCCUACUGGGGGACUGGAGAUAUUGACAAAUCCAUUGCCUUUAUGAAAAAAGAUCUUGACAUAAUGAAAUCUAUGGGUGACCAAGGUGGAGAAUGUCGUGUGUAUGGAAAUUUAGGGUCUGCCUUCUUCUCCAAAGGCCAUUACCAAGAAGCCCUUUCUAAUCAUAGACAUCAGUUAGUUCUGGCUAUGAAGUUAAAGGAUCGGCCCACUGCUGCUUCAGCAUUAAGUAAUCUUGGCCAUGUCUAUACUGCCAUCGGGGAUUAUCCAAACGCUUUAAAUAGUCACAAACAAUGUGUUUUACUCUGCCGCCAAAGAUCUGACAGACAUGGAGAAGCUCGAGAGAUUGGAAAUGCUGGGGCUGUUUAUUUAGCUAUGGGUUGUUUUGACUUGGCCAUUAAAUGUCACAACGAGCAUUUACAAAUUGCUAAAUCCUUUAAAAGUUCCUACGAAGAAGCCAGGGCAUAUAGUAAUCUUGGUAGUGCUUAUCAUUAUAAACGUGACUAUGAAAAAGCUAAGUCUUUUCAUAAUCAAGUAUUAACAAUAGCAAAACAACGGAAUGACUGUGUGCUUGAAGCUCGUGCAUAUGCUGGGCUGGGGCAUGCUGCACGUUGCAAAUCAGAUUAUAACUUAGCAAAGCACUAUCAUGAAAAGCAACUGGAUAAUGCUCUACAAACAAAAGAUCGCGUGGCUGAGGGUCGAUCCUGUGCUAACCUUGGUAUUAUAUACCAUCAAUUAAAUGAAUAUGAAGCUGCUCUGAAACUGCAUAUGAUGCAUUUAAAGAUAGCUAGAAAAUUAGGGGACUAUGCAAGUGAAGGACGUGCAUAUGGCAACAUUGGAAAUGCAUAUAGUGCCUUAGGAGAGCAUGAGGUUGCAAUGAGGUUCCAUAAGCAAGAACUAUCAAUUGCUGUGGAAGUUAAUGAUCGACAUUCUGAAAUGUCAACUCAUGGCAAUUUGGCUGUUUCAUACCAAUCUCUUAAAAUGCCUGACAAAGCAUUACAUCACUUUGUGGCACACUUGAAUAUGGCACGUGAAUUAAAGGACACAGUCAGUGAAGCUCGGGCCCUUUGUAACCUCGGAAAUUUCUACAGUGUCAAGGAAAACUAUUCGGAAGCCAUCCCAUACUAUGAACAAUUUCUAACAUUAGCAGAAGAUCUGUGUGAUAAAGAGAGUGAAGCAAAGGCAUGUUUCAAUCUUGGUUAUGCUUACUCUUUAUUGGGAAACUAUCAAAAAGCUUUGGACUACUAUGAACAGCAUUUAGAUGUUGCUAAAAGAAUGCACGACAAGCUGGAAAUUGCUCGUGCAUACUGCAAUCUUGGUCUCGCCCACAAAGCUUUGUUCAAUUAUGAUAGUGCUUUGGACUAUCAAAAGAAAGCUUUAGCACUGAUGCAUUUUUUGAAAUAUAUGAAGGGCACAUUUAAGGUACUUGGAACAAUUGGAGACAUAUUACUGAAAACUGGUGAGAUUACAGAGGCUGUGAAAACCUAUCAACAACAAUUGAAUUUAGCAAAACAAACUAAAAACCAGCACUUGAUUGCAACAGCAUACGGAGCCCUUGGUACUUGUCAUCGUUUUUUGGGUCAGUUUGAGAAAGCAUUUGGAUUCCAUAAUCAGGAACUCGCUAUUCGCCAAGAGAUGAAAGAUCUAAAAGGGGAAUGCCGUGCCCAUGGUAGUAUUGGUACUGUACAUAUGUGUCUAGAGAACUACACAAAUGCUUACAGCUGUUUCGAAGAACAGUUGAAGCAUAGUCAAGAACUCCAUGACAGUGCUCUAGAGGCACAAGCAUAUGGAAAUCUUGGAAUUAUAAGGAUGAACACAGCACAUUUUGAUGAAGCCAUUGGUCUUUUUGAACAACAGUUAUCUAUGUUGGAGCAACUUCACGGAAACAAAGUGCUUGUAGAGAAAGGCAAAGCAUUUGGUAAUCUUAGUGAAUGCUACGAGGCAUUGGGAGAUUUUGAAGAAUCGGUAAAAUGCCAUGAUCAGUAUUUAGUUGUUUCUCAAGCAACAAAUUCUUUAGUUGAUCAAGAUAAAGCUUAUCGAGGACUUGGGAAUGCUCAUCGGGCUUUAGGUAACUUGCAACAGGCACUGGUCUGUUUUGAGAAAAGAUUAGUCGUUACUCACGAGAUGAACAACAACCAAGCAAAAGCUUCUGCUUAUGGUGAGCUGGGAUGUUUACACAGUCUGCUGGGGAACUUUGAGCAAGCAAUCUCUUGUUUAGAACAUCAGCUGAACAUUGCUAGAAAUGUCGGAGAUAAACUCUGUGAAGGAGAGGCUGCAUGUGGUUUAGGCAAUGUUUAUCAACAAAUGGGAGAAUAUGAAACUGCUCUCAAAUAUCAUGAAAAUGAUUUACAGAUUGCUGAUGAACUCAAUAAUACUGAAGCCCAAUGCAGAGCAUAUGGAAACUUUGGUUUAUCUCAUGAAUCUCUUGGAAACCAUGAAGAAGCUGUACGUUAUCAAGAGAAACACUUAAGUAUGGCGGCACAACUUCAAGACAAAGUAGCAAAGACUAUGGCUUUCAGCAGUCUGGGUCGAGUUCAUCAUGCAUUAGGAAACUAUAUACAGGCAGUUCAAUAUUUGCAGCAGGGCCUGCAGAUUGCAGAGCAGCUGGGAAGACGGGAAGACGAGGCCAAAAUUCGAUAUCGCCUUGGACUGUCAUUAUGGGGCCAGGGCCAACUGGAAGAGUGUCAGCAGCAACUUUUCCAAGCUGCGGAUUUAUUUGAAAUGAUUCGAAGGGAAUCGUACAAUAGUAGUGACUACAAACUUUCGUUAUUUGAUUUACAGACAGCAUGCUAUCAAGCUUUACAGCGAGUGUUAGUAGCAGUGGACUGUAAUGAAGAAGCCUUGGUUGUUGCUGAGAGAGCUUGCACCCGAGCCUUCAUAGAUUUACUCCUGGAGCGGCAAUCUAACUUAUUAUCAGGAUUUGUGAGAAACGAGUUUAACCAUGACUUACAACCCAUCACCUUGGAUCAAAUUUUGGGCAUCGUCAGCCAACAAAACAACAUUGUCCUUUCUUACUCAAUUGCUGCAGGAUUUCUUUACACUUGGGUUAUCACACCAAAGGAUGGCAUUAUAAAAUUUCAUCAGUGCAAUAUGGCUGAAAUAGAAUCAAGCAGUUCCGAUACCAUCGACACUCAGAGCUUGGCUGGUUCAACAGUUUCGUUACUUGAUCAAUAUGUUGGGGACGUACGAGAAUCUAUAGGAGUUGAAGGUCAUGACCCAAGUGCAGGACAGACAAAACUUUCAAGAUCAUGUUCCCGCUCCACUAUUCAUAGUGGAAUGGGGGGCAGUAGCAGCUUCGGCAGUCUUGACAAUCAGGACUCUGAGGAAUCCUGGCAGCAACAGUUAGAAGAGAUUGGUGAUAAAUUGAAUGCAGAAAAUGACAGGACGGGGUUUUUACGAAUGGUGAACCGGAAUCAUAUUCUGAACAGCAGCAACUAUAGUCUGUCUAGUUUAUUUAGUCUGUCAGCAGGUCUGAAUGGCAUCAAUCCAACCAUCAUGAACAUAAGAAAUAGCAUGAAGAACAGACAGAAAGACAAGUCACCAAUUACUGCUCUUUAUGAUUUGCUAUUUGCUCCAAUUGAAGAUUCUUUAAAAACUGCCAUGGAUGGAGUGGACAACAAAAAUCUGGUAUUGGUUCUUCAAGGCGAUCUAUAUUUAGUUCCAUUUGCAAUGCUGAGACGCAGUGAAAACAAUUACCAUCUAUUUGAGAGAUUCAACUUAAUUAUCAUGCCAUCAAUAACAGCUCUACAGCGAUCCAGCCAUCAGUCUGCCAAUGGACGGCCUACUAUUGAUUCCUCUGGUGCCAUUGUUAUUGGGAAUCCGAAAUUGACACCAGCUAUCCAGCAACAGUGGCAACUUAAAGACAUUCCUGGAUCAGAGUAUGAAGCCAGGAUAGUGGCUGAACUGCUGACAGCAAAACCUCUUAUUGGACUAGAAGCAACAAAAUCAGCCACUUUACAACAAAUAGAGCAUGUUGAGGUGAUUCACAUUUCGGCACACAUUUCUUGGAAGCUGUCUGCUAUUAUUCUAUCUCCAGGGGAACUUUCAUCAUCUUCAUCAUCGACAUCACAAUUUAACUCUGCUUAUGAACUCGAUGACAGUGGCAACAAUGUGGCCGCUUUAGAUUCACCAUCUUUAUCUGAAUAUCUCCUAACUGCUGCAGACAUCUUGAACUUGAAAUUACAUGCCAAAUUAGUUGUUUUAAACUCUGGACAUACACAUGACCGUGCAGGGAGAAUCAAUUCUGAUGGUGUUGUCGGUUUGACAAGAGCACUGUUAUCUGUUGGGGCUGAAUGUGUGUUGUAUUCACUAUGGCAAGUCCCUGAUCAAGCUUCCAAACUAUUAAUGAAAACAAUGUACUUGAUGUUGCAAGAAGGCCGUACAGUGACCCAGGCACUACAUAUGGCAAUUAAAGCUGUGCAAGCUGUUAAACAGUUCAGUCACCCAAGUAAUUGGGGAGGCUGGGUUCUAGUUGGUAAAGAUGUCACGCUCAGCAGUAAAAUGGCUCUCAUGGGACAUGCAAUCUGUGAACUUCUUCAGUCUCCCAGUCAGUGCCGUGACUCAAUGCGAGUUCUUUUACAUCUAAUUGAAAAGUCACUCCAAAGAAUUCAUCAAGGUGCUAAGAAUCCAAUGUACACCAUGUAUCAAAGUAUUGAAAACAAAGUUGGUCAAAUCAAUGGCUGGAAGGAUUUAUUACAUUCUGUUGGAUUUCGCUUUGAAUCAGCCGCUAAUGGACUGCCAGUAGCUGUGUUUUUCCCUCAGACUGAUCCCGGUGAUAGAUUAACGCGAGCUAGUGCAAGUCUUCAAGCCCUGUUGGGUCUACCAUCAAAUUCCAUCACAGCACUGUCUGAAUUUUUAGUCAAUUAUGAAGCUGGAGAAGCUAUAAUAACAACACUGCACGAUAUCCUCAUUCGAGUUACAGCCAAAGAAAAUAUCAUCGAAGUUCCAAUCAAUGUGAAGUUGUGGCAGAUUCCUGGCUGUCAUGAAUUUCUUGCAUCUCUUGGGUUUGAUCUGAUUGAUGUCGGCCGUGAUGAUGUUACACUUCGCCUGGGGAAACAAGCUACUAAACGCCAUCUCCAGUUUGCAUUACAAUCUCUUGUUGCAGUUUUUGAUACACAGGAAGCCCCUAAGAGCCUUGCUCUGGAUAGUUCCAGUUCUCUGGAAAGUCUUUCCUCAUCUCACAGUUCUAACACCACAACAACAUCAGCUUCAAUAUUAUCCAAUUUUGCUGGGACACCUCCAUUAUCACCACGGAUGAAAAAGAAGUCUCUAUUUAACCCAGCUGAGAUGGAGAAGAAGCGAAACCUCAACCGCUGUCAUCUGAUGCAACAGGGUGGAUUAGUUGGUAAGUUGAGUAAACAACACAAAUCUUCCAAAACUGUACCUCCAGAUCCUUCACUAUGUCUGUCUCAUCAAAGCCGAAUCAAAGCCAUGUACCCAGCUAAUAACUACCUUUGUCACAGCCCUGCAACAAGUUCUGAAAGUUGUCUGUCGGUCAGCAGCACCAGUAGCCCAGAAGAGCUUUCAAACCUAAUUCCAGGCUCAUCAUUUACUCAAAACACUUUUGGCACAGAUUCCCAAACAAAUUCUCUGCAACAAAACUCAGAAAACCACAGAGAAGUUGAAAAUCUUUCAGACAGUGGAAACAAAGCCAGAAUACUCCGUUCGUGUGAUAACUCCUCAUAUGGAAAUGGAAAUCGAUGUAAAAACAAUGCUGGAGGCGAUAAAAGCGAUUCAGAGAAUUCCAACAUAAAUUUUUCUAAAGACCAACCAUUUGAUCGUUUGUCUCCUGGUUGCACAGUUGGGAAGUCCAGAGUUAGUUCCCUUGCAUCAAAAUUCAAUAAAAUGGAAACCCACGUGACGCCUGUGUCUAAAACAAUUUCGGAUGCUAAAUCGAUCUUUACUUCGGCAAAUUCUUUAUUCAAAAAGGUUGGAAAGAAAGAAACUGGACCAAAUAAUAAAAGUUUGAAAAGUUCCUCACUCAAUCCCGAGGACAUUGCACUGAAAGUUUUGGCUGAUGUAGCUCCCCAACGAGAGGCUGUGGAACAGCUUCAAAAAGCCAGUUUUUUCCAGUCCCAAAAGCAAACCCAUUUGCUUCGCAUCGAACAGAGCCAACAACGGUUGAAAUCUAGUCCAGACAACUGCUCUUAUUCAUCUAACUCAGCCAAUUCUUCAAGACAUGCGAGUCCUUCGUGUGAUUCAGUGAGCAGUAACAAUACCAUGUGCACCUCGAUUGGAGUAAACAGAUGUACACCAAGCACUUCUGGCAGUUCUCCCUCUUCACUUACCCCAAAUGCCACAUCUACAGCAGGUUUUAAGAAUUAUUCCCCAGAAUCUUUUAAAUAUGGUGAGUCUUUUUCACCUACAUUACAUCGAAACAGGACAGAAAAAUCUAACAAUGCAAUGUUACAGCAGGAAAAUUUAAAUUUACAAGAUAUGUCCAGUAAAAACUUUUCCUCUGCUGGUUCUUCCUUUAAUAGUUUACCAACAGAUUCACCCAAUGAACAACACCAUCAUAAAUAUACCAGCUCCUCCUCUUCAAAAGAAAAUAAAUUCGAAAGACUAAUGCCGGAUAAUUUCUCUUUACUACUUCAUUCUUACAACAACCAACCUAACAUAGAUCUGAAUUAUGUUACCGAUGCUAAACCUCCAAUUCCUGCCAAACCACAACUACGAGCUACUCAGAAUUCGGCAUUUAAAAGUUUAUCCCCUUCAACAGAUGAUAAAUUAAAAUUAAGAGGUGGAGACAAGAAGCCAGCGUUUAAAUCCAAAGAAAAUAGCCAUGUACCAAGCUCUUUUCAGAAAGUUGUUAUCCAUUCUCAAGAUCUCCCUAAACCAAACUAUAAGUUAGGAACAUUUUCAACUUUUAAUUCCGACCCUCUACAGUUCUGUUCUUCCCCCGAAUAUUCAGUGUUAGAGCACUCAGUCCACAAGACACCAUCCGACAAAACUGCCUUAAAAUCUCAAGAAAAUGUUUUACAUACAACAGUAUCUGACACCAGAAAUAUGGUUUGUUCUUCGGAUUUGGAAUUAAGGAAGAAAGUUCAUUAUCAAGAAGGAAAUUCAGGUCGUAGUUCACAAUUUUCUACAUAUGUACAUUCUGACAAUGAGAGUGUAGAUUCCGAUGCCAACUUUAGUCCUUUCCGACAAAAAUCAGCUAAAAAAAGUUUAGAUAAAUGGUCGUCAGAUCCUUCUGUUUUACAUUCAGAUCAUCACAGUACAUUCACUGAUUCACUGUCCCCUUCAGAAGCACAUGAAGCCAAAAGCACACAGAAAAAAGUUUGUUUCAAAGAAAAAUCCCUCUCAAGUCCUCUGGUUGCUGAGGAAUUCACUCCACAGACAUAUGGGCCUCUCGGGCACUUUUAUUUCUCCGAGUUCUCCAAAUCCCCGACCAGCAGCAAUACAGUGUCGGAUAAAAAUUUCUCCACAAAACACCAUGUUAAUAAUCCAGGUCUCCCUUCAUGGUCAAAACCGGCUGAAUUUUCACCACAUUCCAAACAUUCUGAUAAAAGAACUAUUAAUCAACCUCCAUCUACACAGGUCGUUGAUUAUCCUAAUCAAUAUUCACAUCAUUCUUCUUUCCCAGGAUCACAAACCCUCCAACCUUCAUUACUAAACACAACAAAAUCUGAAAAGACACUUUUGGAGCAAUUACCAACUAAUCACAAGAAAAGUAAAAUCUUACAAAUCUCAAAAUGUUGAUACUUUAUAAGAAUAGAUUAUUUCAUUUGCAAAACAGUAAAAAAA